AUGUCGACCUCGGAUCUGGCUCUGGAGCAGCCGGACGCCCAGCUGCAACACGACUCAAGUAUUACUGUGGACAAAGCUGUCUCCCUUACAUUGAGCAGCGAUUCUCUCCUCGUCCUUGAUGAACGAUCCAAUCACAAAUCGAACCGUGGUUGCUGUGCGCCGUGCAAGUCGAACAUCGAUAGCCCGAAAACCGUUGCAAUUUCGUUGUACAAUAUCCUGGACGCCGAAAUCAAUCCGACGAGCCUCGUGAUCACCUAUGCUGAGCAUUCGCACAAGGAUGAUGUGACGGUGACGGCUCUCCGUUAUAAAAUUGGCGACAAAGAAAAGCCGGCUGUUGAAGCUUGGAUGGCCAGGCUGUUAGACUUGGCGUACGGUGCCGCAGAGCGACGCAAAAGAUUGAAGGUCUUGAUCAAUCCUCAUGGAGGCAAGGGCAACGCCGCGUCGCUUUACCAGAAAUAUGCCGCGCCGAUCUUUGCUGCUGCACGAUGCCAAUUAGAUGUUCAAGCCACCGAAUACAACGGCCAUGCCAUCAAGAUCGCAGAAGAGCUUGACAUUGACGCUUACGACACGGUAGUCUGUUGCUCUGGGGACGGCUUGCCGUACGAAGUGUUCAACGGGUUGGGUAAACGCCCCAACGGCCGCGAAGCACUCGCUCGGGUCGCUGUCGCCUUACUACCAUGCGGCUCUGGCAAUGGCCUCACGUGGAAUUGUUUUGGCACGGGUAGUAAUUCUAUCGCUGCGUUGGGCAUUGUCAAAGGUUUGAGAACGCCGCUCGACUUGGUUUCCGUGACCCAGAAGGACAGCCGCACCUUAUCCUUCCUAUCUCAGUCUUUUGGAAUCGUGGCCGAGUCCGAUCUAGCAACUGAACAUAUCCGCUGGAUGGGGGCCCAAAGAUUCACAUACGGCUUCCUCGUCCGACUUCUCCGACGUACCGUUUGGCCCUGUGACUUGGCCAUCAAGGUUGUUCUGGAUGAUAAACAGGCCAUCAAAGAACAUUAUAGGUCCUACAGGCUCAAGGGCGAUGAAGACGCCGAUUCAUUGAGCGAUCAAAAGCGAAUCGAUGCCGCUAGGAAAUCACCAGAACUCCCAGAACUUCAGUUCGGGACAGUUCAAGAUGAGCUCCCAGGCGACUGGGAGACGGUGCCCGGAGAGACUAUGGGUAACUUUUAUGCCGGUAACAUGGCCAUUAUGUCCAAGGACACCAAUUUCUUCCCCGCGUCACUUCCCAAUGAUGGUCUGAUGGACGUUGUCACCAUUGACGGCAACGUCAGCCGAUCUACUUCGUUGAAGAUGAUGACCGAAAUCGAAACCGGUGGGUUCUUUGAUAUGCCCGAGGUCAAGAUUCGGAAAGCUAUGGCAUACCGCCUCGUCCCGCGCCAAAAAGAAGGAUAUAUCAGCAUCGAUGGUGAACGGGUACCGUUUGAAGCAUUCCAGUGUGAGGUACACCCAGGCUUGGGCACCGUUCUGUCCAAGUCGAAACGGAUAUAUGAAGCUGAAGGGCCAAGGUGA